AUGGCGAGGAAGACUAAAGCCCAGGAGAAGGAACCCGAAUCACCGUCCACUGAUGAGAAGAAGACUGAGGAGGAACAAACAGAGGAGACCGAGGAAAAUAAUGUGGUUGAGUCCGCUGAUGAAGAAAAACCAGAAUCCACCGCUGGCUCUAACGAUUCCAACGCUACUGAGCCUGAAACUACGAAUGAGACUGCCACCAAAGAGACCAGUUCUGAAACGACAUCGAGUCCACCAGCAACUCAAACUCCAACCAUCGAAAGACCCCCGUCUACAGGCCGUAAGUUUAAAUUCCGCCAAUUCUUACACCAAUUUUCAGUUAUUGCCAGCCACCUACCCAAUACCUUGAUCGACUCGACCCUCAAGUUCUUUGUGGGAGGAUUGCACCCGAACACCGAUGAAACCGAGUUGUCAAACUAUUUUGCGAAGUACGGACAGAUUCUCUCAACGCAGGUCAUGAGGGAUCUGACUACAGGCAGGCACAGAGGCUUCGGAUUCGUAACGCUGAAGGUCCAACAUAACUCAAUGAACGUCUUUAAGGAUUCGCACACAGUGACGGGAAAGAGGGUCGACGUUCGCGCCAUGCAGACGGACCUUGCCGCGAGUCUGAGGAAGAAGAUUUUCGUCGGAGGGCUUUCUAAGGCCCUGAACGAAGAAAUGCUCGACGAGUACUUUUCCAAGUUCGGAGAAGUGGAUAAGGUCACAAUAAUGCGUCAACUUGAUGGCACUUCGCGGGGAUUCGGAUUCAUUGUGUUUACGACCGAAGAAGCGGCCACUGCAUCACUUAGGAACCCAACGCACUUUGUUUAUGGAAACAAAGUGGACGUGAGGGCAGCGGAAACGAGGCCGAGGCAAUCAGGACAUCACUCCUCAAACGCACUUUACCCCUACGGGAUGAUGCAGGCGCCAGCGGACAUGUACGCAGCAGCAGCAGGGCCGAUGUACCGCCCGCAAGGAGCCUAUGACCCGGCGCAAUACGCAAACAUGACGCAGCAGCAAAUGGUUCAGCACCAGUACCCGCAGUAUCAACUCCUGCAGCAGCAGAUGCUACAACAGCAAAUGUCAAUGGCUGGAACAUACGGAGGCUACUACAGCAGCUCGAGUCAGCAGCCGGCCCCUGCCGCCACUACGAACCCAUCUGGGUACACAGGAACAUCAGUUUCCUACGGAGCCUACAGAGGAAGGGAAGGUUCAUACCAGGGCGCCCCUGGAUCCGAUCCCAGCUCAAGAGGAUAUAGGCAGCAGCCAUAUUGA